AUGGCGUGUUCUAAAUGGAAAGGAAAGUCAAUGCUAUCCUUUGUUAUGAAAAUUGCAUUGAACGCACUGGUUUACUUGCUUUGGGAAGAAAGGUGCAGAAGACAGUUUCAAGGGAGAACAAGGACAUCCACUGACUUGCUAAAGAUCUUCAAAGAAAUUAUCCGAUCAGUGAAAGUGAGCAACGUUCCCUUGGGUGCAUCCGAUAAUGAUAUUAGAGAGUUCUUUAUCUUCUCCGGUGAAAUUGAAUAUGUUGAAAUGCACAGUUAUGAGGACGAGCGAUCACAAGUUGCAUACAUUACUUACAAGGAUCCGCAGGGAGCAGAGACUGAAGUUCUUCUUUCAGGAGCAACAAUUGUGGAUCAGUUUGUUACCAUAGAGCUGGCUAGUGAUUACAAGCUGCAUGCUAAUGCUUUUACAACACAGGCAACAGGGGAUAGUGGCCAGGCAAAAGUAGUCUACACGAAGGCAGAGGAUGUGGUUAGCACCAUGCUAGCCAAGGGAUUCAUCAUUGGCAUAGAUGCAUUGAACAAAGCAAAGUCCUUUGAUGAGAAGCAUCAAGUCACUUCGAACGCCUCUGCGAAAAUCGCUUCCCUGGAUCAGAAGAUUGGUUUCUCUAAGAAAAUCAGUGCUGGCAGCACCGUGGUAAAUGAAAAAAUGAGGGAGAUGGACCAGAAGUAUCAGGUUUCCGAGAAGUCGAAGACCGCAUUGGCAGCUGCCGAGCAGUCCGUCAGCCCGGCCAAAUCUUCCAUCAUGAAGAGCCGUUAUGCUUUGGCUGGAGCCGCGUGGUUUACUGCUGCAUACAAAAGGGAUGCCAAAGCAGCUGAAGAUGUGGGACAGAAGACAAGAGAAAAGGUUUUGGCUGAGGAACAAGCUCAGAAUCCAGAGGACUCUGCACACAUGGAUGUUUUUAGCACUCCCAGAGCUGGUCCUGAAGCCAGUGUACAACCUUCCAAUCCCUCACCCAACCAGCUCAUGCUACUGCUGGACAUAAGCUUAGAGCAGUUGAGAGCAAUGAAAGAGUGGUUGUUGUCCAUUCUUGAAUGCUGCUGCUUUCCCAAGAGAUAUGUUGGGUGUUCUCCUAAUGACAGAACUGGAUAUGUUGUCAGCGGAAAACCAAAUGGUGCCGUUGGAUAUUAUUUUGCUGAGCAUUUAGAAACAAAUGACGGUGAUAGUGUUACAUGCUCUGUUGGUAUUUGUAGUGUAACGAUUUACCUCAUUGUGUUUUCGCUGAAUCUUUUUGUCCAAGGGGAGAUAAGGAAGGAGAUUGUCUCCUUCCGCUGA